UGAGGAGCCUUCAGGUCUUCAGGGCCACUCUUCCAGUAAGUUCAGGGCUGAUUUUCAUUUUUUUUAAAUAUAUUUUAUAUAUAUUAUGUAAUUUAAGCCAAAAGUUACAAAUCCACGUGUUGACUGUAGUACCUCCGCUUAAAGUUUAUCUAGGGUAAAUAUUUUCAUCAUCUGAAAAGUCAGUGCACCCUCCCCCUUAUCUUACUCCCUUUGGCUGAAAUAACUUCAGAGAGAUGCUUCAGAUUGAGGUCAGAGCCAUCAACAUGUCUCUGACCUCAAUCUGAAUCUUAGGAAGGUUUGUCCCACUCCUUUUUUUCAAAUAUUCCAGGGGUUUCUCGCAUAUACAGCCUAUUUCAAGUUUCUUAAGAGUAUCUCAAAAACAUAACGAUUUGGUCUCUGUGCCUCAAAGCCGGGGUAAAGUUCUUUUCCUGGAAUACUGCAUUGUGUUUACACCAAACAUCCUCCGUUCUGGUGUAGAAAUAUCUGGUUUUAGAUUCAUCUGUUCAAAGAGUAACCCUGGCACAUGUUAAAAUUACUUCUGUCAAAUCUUUGGUCUUCGCUUUUUUUAAUAUUUAAGGUUUGAUCUUUUAAUGUGUGCUGUUAGUAAGAAACUGUUAAAGCAACUGCCUUUCCAGCCUGAAAAAACUGCAUUGAGUUUUAGAUACAUGUAAUCAUCACUUCUACCGCUUUCAAAUUACAUAAAACAAAAUAUCAGGAUAAACCUUUAGGUCCUUAUUGUGCAGCCUGUACAGCGUCCCAUUGGACACAAAAAUACAUGCCAUGAAAGUAUUAACUGCACAUUUUCUAAUUUAUUUAUUUUUUCCUCGUAAGUUGUCAGUUUGUAUAUCAAAUAUUCAUGUGUUUCUAUUUUUUUAAUUCUGUAAGUGAAAAUGAAGUUAUUUAUUUUUAUUAAAAAUAUUUUUCCAGUCUGACAUAUUUAUAGUGGAACUUUAGAGGGAAAAAAUCCAUUGCUUUUAAUAAAAGUACUAAAAUAAUAAAAACGCCCUAGAGUUUGUUUCAAAUUUAUUUUUGAUUGAAAAUAUGAAACUUUUUUUUCUGAAUUUUUAAUCUCUUAACUGCCAGUAACAAAACACAAACACAAAGGGUUGAUACUUUCCCCCCCAAACCAAAUUGCAGAUUGGAAUAUUGUAGGGAUAGUACUACCCACGCCCAGAACUAGGAAAAAAAUUACCAACAGCACUUAUUUUGAUCUUCUAUUUUUUAUGUCAAGUGGUUUUGAAACUGGUCAAAAAAAUUUUUUGGUAAAUGGAGAGUUUCAUUGUUUCCUGCAAGGGAAACAAUGAAACAGGAUAUUUUCGUAAGAGUUUAAACACAAAGCAAUGAAAACAACUUUAAAAACAGAAAUCAAACUGAAAUGUAUAAAAUAAUUCUGAAUUGGAGUCAAUUAUAUAAAAAUGCUGAAAGGAAAGACAUGAAUCUAUGUAUGGAAAUGAAACACUGGAGGAAAAAAAAAAAGAAGAAAAUUCCCUUGUAAAUCAUAACUAAUCAAACAGCCUUACUGACCAAUACUGAGUAAGUAGGACUAUAUUUAUAUAGCACCUUUCAAGGUUUCAAAAGUAACAAAGGCAGAUUUUAAAAAAGUUGCUGAGCCAGAAACUUGUCAGAUCCAAUCUAAAUGGGUCACACCUAAUCAUGUGGAAAACUUGUUACUUCCAACUUCAGAGCUCAAAAAGCACAAAACAGUUUUAACAAAUUAUUUUUAAAACUGCAGAUUUCAGAACUAAUAGUAAUAUAAUUGUUAUUUACAUUAAAAAAAACAUGUGAAAAGAGAACUGCCUGUGCUGGAGACACCUGUAUGUGUUUCACGUUCUAGAAAAUGUUUCUUUGUUCCUCAUUAGCACAGUUUGAAUUGAUUUUUUUUUUAAAAUACUGGUUUAAUUCCUUCCACUGCACUCAAAGACCUGCCGGGUCAGUUUUGGAGGGCACUGUCUUCUCUCAAAGGUAACAAAUGAGGUUGGUCUGCAUGCUUGUGUUGGAGUCCUGCUGAAAUGUCUGCUUUUUAUUGUAAGGAAUGACAGUUGAGUUGCACAAAAUAAUUACAUCCAGUGACAAAACUGCCUUUGCUUGGUUACCUUAUUUUUUUUUUUUUUUACAAUUUUUACGUAACGUCCGUUUCUUCCCUCUUCUGCCUGCAGACUCAACUGGGAACCGAAAAAAUGUUGCUUCAGAGGGUCCGAGCAUCGGCACGUCUCAGGCCCUGAAAAAAACCAUCGGCCAUCGGGGAGUUGAUCCCACGGGGGAGACGGUCUACAAAAAGACAACAUCUUCCACUCUAAAGGCGGCCAUACAGUUGGGCAUCACACACACGGUGGGCAGCUUGAACCAGAAACCUGAGAGAGAUGUGCUGCUGCAAGACUUUGAAGUUGUGGAAAGCAUCUUCUUUCCCUGCGAAGGCAGUAACCUGACACCGGGUCAUCACUAUGGAGACUUCAGGUUCAAAACAUAUGCUCCAAUGGCCUUUCGUUACUUCAGAGAGAUGUUUGGCAUCCGGCCUGAUGACUACAUGUAUUCUCUGUGUAACGAGUCUCUGAUUGAGCUGUCGAGUUCCGGGGCCAGCGGAUCUCUGUUCUACCUCUCGAGUGACGAUGAAUUCAUUGUUAAGACAGUGCAGCACAAAGAGGCAGAGUUUCUCCAAAAACUGCUUCCAGGAUACUUUAUGAACUUGAACCAGAACAAGAGGACCUUAUUGCCAAAGUUUUAUGGGCUGUACUGUGUUCAAGCAGCCGGUAAAAACAUCCGCAUUGUAGUUAUGAACAAUCUGCUGCCCAGUUCGGUACGGAUGCACCUCAAAUUUGAUCUGAAAGGCUCCACUUAUAAGCGACGAGCCAGUCCCAAAGAGAGGGAAAAGGCUGUUCCCACCUUCAAGGACCUGGAUUUCAUUCACGACAUGAAUGAGGGUUUAUUCCUGGAGGCAGAUACUUACAAUGCUGUCUGUAAAACUAUUCAGAGAGACUGUCUGCUGUUGCAGAGUUUUAAGAUAAUGGACUACAGUCUACUAGUGGGAAUUCAUAAUUUAGAUCAGGCCUGUCGAGAGCAAAAUACAGCAGCAGCAGCAGCAGCAGCAGCAGAAGGAGCCGCGAGGCCGCAAGUCCAGAAGUCCCUGUACAGCACAGCUAUUGAGGCCAUCCAGGCUGAAACGGGACGAGUGGAGCCAGUGGACCAGACCGGAGGGAUCCCUGCACGAAACUCAAAGGGCGAGAGGCUGCUGGUGUACAUUGGUAUCAUUGACAUUCUGCAGUCCUAUAGAUUAGUAAAGAAGCUAGAACAUUCCUGGAAAUCCUUGGUUCAUGAUGGGGACACUGUGUCGGUACACAGACCAAGUUUUUAUGCGGACAGAUUUCAAAGGUUCAUGAGCAGUGUGGUUUUCAAGAAGGUGCCAGUAAAAGCCUCCCCAGUUAAGAAGCGUCGGGCUAACGGUCCUGUGAAGAAACUUGCUGGCACCGGGCUCUAUCUAUUGACUCAAACCAGCUACCAGCAGCCUUCACUCCAACAUCAAGUCAGCACUGACACUAAGGAGGACACCGAGGGAGUCAGCGGCAUUCAGUCUGGUCGACCUGACCUCCUCCUGCAGAGCUUACUACACAGCGGCAGUGCUGCCAACACUCCUACAACUCCAACUUUUCUAUCUCUCACUCCCACAGUACUCACUCUGUCUCACUCUCAGGAUACCUCAGUGAGUGAAGGAGAAGGUGGAAGUGAAACACCCAGAAGACACCAGGACAGCAGCACACCCCAGAGAUUUCAGUCUUCUGAUCAAGAACAUAUUACUACAGAGGAUCCAAUCCCACUCAAUGACAUGGCUUCCACUGAAAGAAAAUGCCCUGCAUUAGAUGCGGAACAGAAACCAGGAUUCAACGAAAAUAAAGUGGGAAGUGUUCAUGAGCAACACUGAAUUAUUUAUAAGCCCUCCACUCCCACCCCUCUCUUUGUCUUCCUUGAGGUGCCAGGACUAACAAAUCCUUGUAGUGAAUCACUGGGACCAAGCCGGACGUUUGUUUAUGUUUGUUUACUUACCUGUUCGUUUGCACAUUGAUUUCUGAACAGAUGUGUUCUGACAUUAGCAAAUGUGGGAACAUUAAUGUGAUGGUUAGUGAACACUAUCUUUCUCUCCCAGGAGUACUUGUAUUUACAUCUAGUCAUAAUAUUUCAUUCUUAUCCUAAUUUAAACCAGCAUUCAGGGUGACUUCAGGAUUUUUUCUAUUAUUCAUUUAUUUGUCUUCUUGGAUGCCAUUCCUUAUUUUGCAUUUGCCAAAUCACUCUUGCAAGUCCCAAUACAAGCGCUGGUAUCUAUCCUAUUGUAUAUUGUACAGAAAAGAUAGAUGCAUACAAAGUGACAUCAUGGAUUGUUGCAAUUUUUAUAUAUUUAGAUGUGACCACAUUUUGAAAAUAACUGAGGGAUACUUUGUAUUUAAGAACUAGUACAUGAAAUUAUCGUCUGCUGUCUAAUCAAAAAGUGUGAAUUGAACUAAAGAUGUCAAUGACUUAAGUUUAUUUUAAUAGGAGUUUUUUUAUUUUGGAAUCUGGGACGUUUUGCGCCUCCUAAUGGCCAAUAAGUGGUAUUGCAAGUAACAUCAUUGUCUAUUGGCUUUACUUUCAAUACUCAAUAACAGGACACAUUCUCUAUAAACAGUUUAUAGACCUCACCUUAAGUGGUUGAAGUUGAAUUAUUAUGAUUUUUUUAAAUAAUUGAUUUAGUUGCUUUAAAGCAAAUCCAUAAAAUGUAUAUGUGGAACACUUUUUUGAAGCAGAUGUUUAUGUUGAAAGGAAUUACUGUAUUCAUUUGUAAUAAGAUGCUGUUUUUUUUUUUCAUUUUUAAACCUUGCUUUAAAUGUACAUAAUGCUGGGGAAAGUCAGGACUCUCAGUUUUUUAUUUAACCAAAUUUCCUAAUGGAUCUAUAUGACUUCAAACACUGUGAAUCCUAACAACUUCUAAUGCUAAGGUCAAAACUAUAUUUUAAUAGAAAAUGAUUGUUGUUUGUUUUUUUAAUACUUUGAGUAGAUGUGAUCAAAUAUAAUUGAUAGAUGGUGAAGAAGCACCUCAACAAACACUGAUCUGGGGUUUGUCUCAUAAAAGACCUCUGUUCGGAAUCUUGUACUUUAUCCGUUUUGAGUUUGUGCAAACGAAAGCCACCCAUCAAAAAGCAGUUUCUCUUGAAUCAUGUGACUGGAACCAAAAAGUAGGAAAUUACAUUAUUAUAAGCUGGUACAAUCAUUUUGCUUUCUCAUGGAUGUGGUUGGUACAAUAUGCACAACAUUACUCUGACAGCUGUCAAGUGAUGUGCAUGAAAGUAAAAGUAUUUUUACAGAGGUGCAGAUGCCAAAUUUGGAGAUUUUUGGAUGUUCACCUGACCUUGGUGCAGGGUUGUCUAUCCCUGUGGAACAAGUGCACAGACACUCUUUCUUCAUAAUAUUGUUGUAGCUGUAAAUGUUUGCAGUCUAAUCAGACACUUACACCGUUCUUGUAUAAUGUCAAUUUUAAUAAAAAGAAAACACUG